AUGGAGCGCCGUCUUCUGGAUAGGCUUGAUGACGUGGAGAAGGAGCUUCGACGCUCGCGUGCGGGGUCGGCCUCACCAUCAGCUCCUCGCGCUGCUCCCGUCGUCCCUCUCUCCGCGCUCCUGCCCCACAAUCCCUUUGGAUCCCCGGCGCGUUCAGAGCGGCCGCUGCCUGUGGGGAUGGGCUUCGUAGGUGCUGGUGGCGGGCCUCCGUGGGCUCAGUUUGCUCCGCCGCGUCCUCUUCCUGCUCCGCGUGAUCUCGCCGUGUCGUCUCACCGUGCCCGCGCGUCUGCGUUACUUCCGCCGAUGAAGGAAGUUCCCACGGCGACCCUGGCCCGCUUAUGGUCGCUGGCGGCGUCCCUGCAGAGCCUUGAGUGGAUUCUCCAGGAGUCAUUUGACUCCAUGCCGGCGAUGAAGAGGGUGGAGGCGUAUGAGCUAGAGGAGCUGAGGGACAGCAAGAUGCCAGCGGUCAGUGAGGAGGCGAUAGUGGACUUUGCAGACCUGGCUCUGGACUGCAUCAAGUCUCCCGGCACACGGCGACCCACCAUGAAGGAUGUGGCAUACCGCCUCAGUGCCCUCAUUGCCAAGCACUGCCCCGACAAGGAGGACGAGUGGGAAAGUGUUGCGAGAGACGAGAGUGCAAGCAACGAGGGUGUGUCUUCAGGAGAUGUUCCUGCUGUGUCGUUUGGAGAUGGUGGGAGGGAGCCCGAGGGGUCUGAUGGCUCACACUCUGGUAUGAGCUCAUUCAUGCUUGGCUCGAUGGGUGAUGGCCUCUUGAGUUGGCUGCAAUUGAAGCCAACCAAAGGGCGCUGA